AUGGCCAUUGCGAAGCCCGUGCGGUUCUUGGGAGCCCUGUCGGUCGUCCUCUUCUUCUUCCUCAUUUACCAGUACUUGCGGCCGGUCCCAACGAUACAGCCUCCGGGCACAGUGACGGGGAAUGGCGAUAAGAUCGAGAACUGGGAGCAAGAUCCCUUACUAGAGCCAAUCGGCGAGCCACCCGAACCCUUAUGGCGGCAUACAGACCACGACUAUGCACCCGACAGCGUCAAUUCAGCACGCAUCAACGCCACACUCCUCUCACUCGUCCGGAACGAAGAACUCCAAGAACUUAUUCCCACGAUGAAACAACUCGAAGAGACGUGGAACUCUAAAUUCAACUACCCCUGGACCUUCUUCAACGACGUCCCCUUCACCGACGAAUUCAAAGAACAAACCCAAGCAGUGACCAAAGCGAAAUGCUCAUACCACGUCAUCCCCAAGGAGCAUUGGGAAAUGCCUUCAUGGGUGUCAGAGGAACUCUACCAAGAAUCCGCAAAGAUCCUGAAAGAGAACGACGUACAAUAUGCAGGACUCAAAUCCUACCAUCAGAUGUGCAGAUGGAACAGCGGCAUGUUCUACCGGCAUCCCGCUCUUGAAAAUACACAGUACUACUGGCGCGUGGAACCGAAGGUCAAAUUCUUCUGCCACGUCGACUACGAUGUGUUCCGGUAUAUGCAAGACCACAACAAAACCUACGGGUUCAACAUCAACCUGUUCGAUUCCCCCGAAUCCAUUCCCUCCUUAUGGCCCGAAACCAUCAAGUUCCUGGCCUCGCACCCAGACUAUCUACACAAGAACAAUGCCAUGGCCUGGCUGGUAGACAACAAUCGCCGGCCGGACAAUAAUAUCAAGGCGCACGGCUACAGCACGUGUCACUUCUGGUCCAAUUUCGAGAUCGCCGACAUGUCGUUCUGGCGGUCCCAAGCGUACGAAGAUUACUUUGCGCAUCUGGACCGGACCGGAGGGUUCUUUUACGAGAGAUGGGGGGACGCGCCGGUGCAUAGUAUUGCUCUGGGCUUGUUUGAGGAUGCGAGCAGGAUCCAUUGGUUCAAGGAUAUCGGAUACAACCAUAUCCCGUUCUACAACUGCCCGAACUCCCCGAAGUGCUCGGGAUGCACACCCGGGCAAUUUUACGGAGGCGAACCGUGGCUACAGCGGGAAGACUGCCGGCCACUGUGGUUCAAAUAUGUUGGCAUGGGCUGA